AUGACCAAAAUCCCAGUUAUAACAGAAGUGAGACCGGCUCACAAUGACCAGAUCUGCAGUACAUGGGGAAACUAUCAUUUUAAGACUUUCGAUGGAGAUUUCUUCCAGCUUCCCUCCACUUGCAACUACAUCCUUGCAUCCCAGUGUAAGGAAAGCUAUGAGAGUUUCAACAUCCAGUUCCAACGGCAGGAGGUCGAAGGGGUCACCAGCAUUAAGAGGGUCUCCAUGAAACUGGACGGUGCCGAGGUGGAAUUAACCGGGACUUCCAUCAAAGUCAAUGAUAAAGAUGUUACUAUACCCUUCAGCCAGGUUGGCAUUUCAAUUGAAAGAACUGUCUCCUAUGUCAAAAUCGUGGCAAAAUUGGGUUUGGUCGUCAUGUGGAACGAAGAAGACGCCCUCUGGGUUGAGGUGGAUCCACAAUUCAAGAAUCAGACCUGUGGCCUUUGUGGAGACUACAACGGAGUCCAGCUUUACGAUGAGUUCAUCAAUGCUGGGGAAUCUGUAAAUCUUGAAUAUUAUAGCGAGGCCUCUAAAGUCAACGGUCCUACCGAAGAGUGUGAAGAAAUCCCAACUCCAGACAAAGAGACCUGCACAGACCAAAAAGACCUUUGCACAAAACUGCUGUCAGGAUCUGCGUUCCUCAGCUGCCAAGACCUGAUCGAUACCGACUCCUUCGUCAAAGCUUGUGUGAAGGACCUGUGUCGCUGCAACAGCAGCACUUCAUGUUUGUGUUCAACCAUAUCAGAGUACUCCCGUCAAUGUGCUCAUGCAGGCGGGCAACCACAGCAAUGGAAAACGGCACAACUGUGUGCAAAAACCUGCCCUUUCAACAUGGAGUAUAAAGAAUGUGGCAGUCCCUGUACUGACACCUGCAGCAACCCGCAGAGAAGCCAAGUGUGUGAUGAUCACUGCAUAGAUGGAUGCUUCUGUCCAUCUGGGACCGUCUUUGAUGACAUUAACCAGAGUGGGUGUGUUUCUCUUGACACAUGCUCCUGCUUACACAAUGGCAAGCCGUACAACCCAGGGGAGUCCUACUCAAGGGCGUGUAAAAAAUGCACGUGCACCCAGGGUAAGUGGAACUGUAAGGACAUAGACUGUCCUGGUAUUUGCUCCGUGCUGGGUGGCUCCCACAUCUCUACCUAUGAUGACAAAACGUAUGAUUUCCAUGGAGACUGCUCUUAUGUCCUCUCCAAGGAAAUGAACGGGACUUUCACGGUGAAUGCUGACCUGGCCAAAUGUAAAAGAUCAGAUAAAUCCUCUUGCCUGACUGCAGUCACCCUUCUACUACCUAAACACACGAUGAUUGUAGUUGAAGCAAGCGGACAGGUGUUAUACAACAAACUGAUCAGUCAGCUGCCUCUUUUCUUGGGUGAGUUAACCAUCUUCCACCCAUCAACAUUCUUCAUUGUUAUCAACACCGCCUAUGGGCUUCACAUCGAGAUUCAGCUUUCACCCAUUAUGCAGGUGUACGUGAAAGCCAGUGUUUCCAAUAAGGGAAAACUCAGAGGUCUUUGUGGAGAUUUUAACGAUGUGGAAGCUGAUGACUUCAGGACCACAAAUGGGUUGACAGAAGGAACAGCUGCAACAUUUGUCAACACAUGGAAGACCAAAACAAGCUGUCCCGAGGUUAAAAACAUACUCCAGGACCCCUGCAUUUUGAGCGUUGACAAGGAGAAAUUCGCCAAACAUUGGUGUGCCUUUCUGUCCGACACAAAAGGGGUUUUUGCAAAGUGUCAUUCUGAAAUAAGCCCAGAAGAAUAUGAAGCUUCUUGUAUUUAUGACACCUGCGCCUGUGAUAACAGUGAGGAGUGCAUGUGUGCAGCCCUAUCCUCCUAUGUCCAUGCAUGUGCCGCUGAAGGUGUCCUACUGAAUGGGUGGAGAGACACAAAAUACACGACUGGCUGCCCCUCUUCUUUUGUGUUUGGAUACCAAAUGACAAGCUGUGGUCGCACCUGCCGCUCUCUUAGUCAGUCAGACUUAACAUGUGAGGUUGAGUUUACCCCACUGGAUGGCUGCGGCUGUGCUGAAGGAACGUACCUGAAUGAGAAGGGAAGCUGUGUGUCAGCCUCACGUUGCACCUGUCAUGUUGGAGACAAGCUGUUGCAGCCCGGGCGGGUCAUCUCAAUCUAUGGACAAACUUGCACCUGUCGUAAUGGAAAACUAAAAUGUACAGGAAACCAAAUAGAUGAAUCAUGCACAGCGCCGAUGGUUUUCUUCAACUGCUCAAGCGCAAAGCCAGGUGACGCAGGAUCUGAGUGCCAAAAAAGCUGCCAGACACUGGACACAGAAUGUGUCAGUACACAGUGUAUGUCCGGCUGUGUAUGUCCUGAUGGCCUGCUGUCUGAUGGUAAAGGAGGUUGUAUUAAAGAGGAGAACUGUCCCUGCACAUAUAAUGGAGAAUUCUAUAAUUCUGGACAGACUGUCAAAGUGGACUGCAAUACCUGCACUUGCAAAAGCAGAAUAUGGGAAUGCACAAAGCUUGAGUGUCAUGGAACCUGUGCCAUAUAUGGAGAAGGGCAUUACAUUACUUUUGAUGAAAAGAAAUUCUCCUUUAAUGGGGACUGUAGCUACGUCUUCGCUCAGGAUUACUGUGGGGACGAUAAGAGUGGCACCUUUAGGAUCUUGGGUGAGAACAUCCCAUGUGGAACAACUGAAAGCAUCUGCUCCACCACUAUCAGACUCUACUUAGGGAACAAUGAAAUUGUUCUUUCAGAGGAAAAGGUCAAAGUUAUCAAACAAAGCACAGGGGUGGACAUACCCUAUCAAGUACACACUAUGGGCAUAUAUCUUGUCAUUGAGGCAAAGAAUGGUAUCGUUCUCAUUUGGAAUAAGAAGACAACAAUUUUGAUCAAACUCAAGCCCAUAUUCAAGGGAAAAGUCUGUGGUCUGUGUGGGAACUAUGACGGGAAUAGCAAGAAUGAUUUCACCACCAGAAACAAAGAAAUUGUAGUUGAAGCCCUUGAGUUUGGAAACAGCUGGAAAGUGUCACCUACCUGCCCAAAUGCAAUUGCAAUACAGAAUGCCUGCAGUCUAUACUCACACAGGCUGGCAUGGGCAUCAAAACACUGCAGCAUUAUCAACAGUAGAGUAUUUGCUAGUUGCCAUUCAAAGGUGGAUCCACGACACUAUUAUGAUGCCUGUGUUAGAGACACGUGUUCCUGCAACACAGGAGGAGACUGUGAGUGUUUCUGCUCGUCUGUGGCAGCCUAUGCAGCAGCCUGCAACGAGGCCGGAGCCUGUGUCAAAUGGAGAACUCCCACAAUCUGCCCUCUAUUCUGUGAUUUUUACAACACUGAUGGAGAGUGUGAAUGGCACUACCAGCCUUGUGGAAAACCAUGCAUGAAGACUUGCAAGAAUCCCUCAGGAGUAUGCUAUAAUCACAUUCCAGCAUUAGAAGGCUGCUAUCCAAGUUGCCCGACUGAACGAUCUUAUUUGGAAGAAGUGACCAUGAAGUGUGUGUCACUGGAGCAAUGUGGCUGCUAUGAUAAUGAAGGGAGGCAUUAUAAACAAGGGGACCUUGUGCCUUCAAAGGAAAAUUGUUACAACUGUUAUUGUUCCUCAACAAAGGUGAAAUGCAGCUAUGAGGUCCAUGCUUGCACUUGUUCAUAUAAAGGACUUACGUAUAAGUAUGGAGAUACAGUCUAUGAUACACAUGAUGGCAAUGGCACCUGCAUCACUGCUGUUUGUGGAGAAAGGGGAAAUAUUACCAGAAUCAUGGAGACUUGCUCUACAACGGCACCAGCCCUGACUUCGACAACAACUGCUUUUACUUUUGAAACAACUGAAUCUCCUACUCCACCAGUUACAAGUGAGGCGGUGACGACGAUUAAGACCUUCACGACACCAGGAUUUUCAACAGAGCCAACAGUCACAGUAAAACCCACCACAACAACCACUGUCACAGAAAAACCCACCACAGCACCAACAGAAGAACCAACCACAAUUGCCACUGUCACAGAAAAACCCACCACAGCACCCACAGAAAAGCCAACAGUCACAGAGAAAUCAACAACCCCUGAAGUUGUUACGAAUAUCGUAAAAAAACCCAGCACUGAAGCUGCUACAACCACAGGAAAAACAAUUAAAACAACUGCAGUCACAGAAAAAACCAGCACCAAAGCUGCUUCAACCACAGAAAAACCCACCACAAUUGCCACAGAAGAGCCAACAGUCACAGAAAAGCCCACCACAACAACCACUGUCACAGAAAAACCCACCACAGCAUCCACAGAAAAACCCAGCACCAAAGCUGCUACAACCACAGAAAAGACCAUUAAAACAACUGCGGUCACAGAAAAACCCACCACUACAGCCACUGUUGACUGCUAUGUUUGUAAGUGGUCAGAUUGGAAAAACGAGAAUUACCCUGAUUUUAAAACAGGCGGAGACUAUGAAGCCAUUGAAAACAUUACUGAUCCAGAUCUGAGUGUUUGCAGAAAACCUCUGGAAAUAGAAUGUAGAGCAUCACAAUACAAGGAUACAUCUUUGAACGAUCUAGGUCAAAAAGUAUCAUGCAACCCAGAAGUUGGACUUACUUGUCACAACAAAGACCAAGAUGCACCUCCUUUGUGCUACGACUAUGAAAUACGGGUGAAAUGUUGCGUUUACGUGUGUAAAUCUACAACCACUAUUGCACCUACGACUCCAGCAGCAACAACAACAGAAGAACCCACCAUAACAACAACGAUCACAGAAAAAACCACCACCAAAGCAGCUACAACCACAGAAAAACCCACCACAAUUGCCACAGAAGAGCCAACAUGGUCAGAUUGGAAAAACGAGAAUUACCCUGAUUUUAAAACAGGCGGAGACUAUGAAGCCAUUGAAAACAUUACUGAUCCAGAUCUGAGUGUUUGCAGAAAACCUCUGGAAAUAGAAUGUAGAGCAUCACAAUACAAGGAUACAUCUUUGAACGAUCUAGGUCAAAAAGUAUCAUGCAACCCAGAAGUUGGACUUACUUGUCACAACAAAGACCAAGAUGCACCUCCUUUGUGCUACGACUAUGAAAUACGGGUGAAAUGUUGCGUUUACGUGUGUAAAUCUACAACCACUAUUGCACCUACGACUCCAGCAGCAACAACAACAGAAGAACCCACCAUAACAACAACGAUCACAGAAAAAACCACCACCAAAGCAGCUACAACCACAGAAAAACCCACCACAAUUGCCACAGAAGAGCCAACAAAAAACCCACCACAGCAACCACAGAAAAGCCAACAGUCACAGAGAAAUCAACAACCCCUGAAGUUGUUACGAAUAUCCACCAAAGCUGCUACAACCACAGAAAAACCCAUUAAAACAACUGCAGUCACAGAAAAACCCAGCACUGAAGCUGCUACAACCACAGAAAAACCAAUUAAAACAACUGCAGUCACAGAAAAAACCAGCACCAAAGCUGCUUCAACCACAGAAAAACCCACCACAAUUGCCACAGAAGAGCCAACAGUCACAGAAAAGCCCACCACAAAAACCACUGUCACAGAAAAACCCACCACAGCAUCCACAGAAAAACCCAGCACCAAAGCUGCUACAACCACAGAAAAGACCAUUAAAACAACUGCAUUCACAGAAAAACCCCCCACAACAACCACUGUCACAGAAAAACCCACCACUACAGCCACUGUUGACUGCUAUGUUUGUAAGUGGUCAGAUUGGAAAAACGAGAAUUACCCUGAUUUUAAAACAGGCGGAGACUAUGAAGCCAUUGAAAACAUUACUGAUCCAGAUCUGAGUGUUUGCAGAAAACCUCUGGAAAUAGAAUGUAGAGCAUCACAAUACAAGGAUACAUCUUUGAAAGAUCUAGGUCAAAAAGUAUCAUGCAACCCAGAAGUUGGACUUACUUGUCACAACAAAGACCAAGAUGCACCUCCUUUGUGCUACGACUAUGAAAUACGGGUGAAAUGUUGCGUUUACGUGUGUAAAUCUACAACCACUAUUGCACCUACGACUCCAGCAGCAACAACAACAGAAGAACCCACCAUAACAACAACGAUCACAGAAAAAACCACCACCAAAGCAGCUACAACCACAGAAAAACCCACCACAAUUGCCACAGAAGAGCCAACACCAACAGUCACAGAAAAGCCCACCACAACAACCACUGUCACAGAAAAACCCACCACAGCAUCCACAGAAAAACCCAGCACCAAAGCUGCUACAACCACAGAAAAGACCAUUAAAACAACUGCAUUCACAGAAAAACCCCCCACAACAACCACUGUCACAGAAAAACCCACCACUACAGCCACUGUUGACUGCUAUGUUUGUAAGUGGUCAGAUUGGAAAAACGAGAAUUACCCUGAUUUUAAAACAGGCGGAGACUAUGAAGCCAUUGAAAACAUUACUGAUCCAGAUCUGAGUGUUUGCAGAAAACCUCUGGAAAUAGAAUGUAGAGCAUCACAAUACAAGGAUACAUCUUUGAAAGAUCUAGGUCAAAAAGUAUCAUGCAACCCAGAAGUUGGACUUACUUGUCACAACAAAGACCAAGAUGCACCUCCUUUGUGCUACGACUAUGAAAUACGGGUGAAAUGUUGCGUUUACGUGUGUAAAUCUACAACCACUAUUGCACCUACGACUCCAGCAGCAACAACAACAGAAGAACCCACCAUAACAACAACGAUCACAGAAAAAACCACCACCAAAGCAGCUACAACCAAAGAAAAACCCACAUCAAUUGCCACAGAAGAGCCAACAGUCACAGAAAAACCCACCACAAUUGCCACAGAAGAGCCAACAAAAAACCCACCACAGCAACCACAGAAAAGCCAACAGUCACAGAGAAAUCAACAACCCCUGAAGUUGUUACGAAUAUCCACCAAAGCUGCUACAACCACAGAAAAACCCAUUAAAACAACUGCAGUCACAGAAAAACCCAGCACUGAAGCUGCUACAACCACAGAAAAACCCAUUAAAACAACUGCAGUCACAGAAAAAACCAGCACCAAAGCUGCUUCAACCACAGAAAAACCCACCACAAUUGCCACAGAAGAGCCAACAGUCACAGAAAAGCCCACCACAACAACCACUGUCACAGAAAAACCCACCACAGCAUCCACAGAAAAACCCAGCACCAAAGCUGCUACAACCACAGAAAAGACCAUUAAAACAACUGCAUUCACAGAAAAACCCCCCACAACAACCACUGUCACAGAAAAACCCACCACUACAGCCACUGUUGACUGCUAUGUUUGUAAGUGGUCAGAUUGGAAAAACGAGAAUUACCCUGAUUUUAAAACAGGCGGAGACUAUGAAGCCAUUGAAAACAUUACUGAUCCAGAUCUGAGUGUUUGCAGAAAACCUCUGGAAAUAGAAUGUAGAGCAUCACAAUACAAGGAUACAUCUUUGAAAGAUCUAGGUCAAAAAGUAUCAUGCAACCCAGAAGUUGGACUUACUUGUCACAACAAAGACCAAGAUGCACCUCCUUUGUGCUACGACUAUGAAAUACGGGUGAAAUGUUGCGUUUACGUGUGUAAAUCUACAACCACUAUUGCACCUACGACUCCAGCAGCAACAACAACAGAAGAACCCACCAUAACAACAACGAUCACAGAAAAAACCACCACCAAAGCAGCUACAACCAAAGAAAAACCCACAUCAAUUGCCACAGAAGAGCCAACAGUCACAGAAAAACCCACCACAAUUGCCACAGAAGAGCCAACAUGGUCAGAUUGGAAAAACGAGAAUUACCCUGAUUUUAAAACAGGCGGAGACUAUGAAGCCAUUGAAAACAUUACUGAUCCAGAUCUGAGUGUUUGCAGAAAACCUCUGGAAAUAGAAUGUAGAGCAUCACAAUACAAGGAUACAUCUUUGAACGAUCUAGGUCAAAAAGUAUCAUGCAACCCAGAAGUUGGACUUACUUGUCACAACAAAGACCAAGAUGCACCUCCUUUGUGCUACGACUAUGAAAUACGGGUGAAAUGUUGCGUUUACGUGUGUAAAUCUACAACCACUAUUGCACCUACGACUCCAGCAGCAACAACAACAGAAGAACCCACCAUAACAACAACGAUCACAGAAAAAACCACCACCAAAGCAGCUACAACCACAGAAAAACCCACCACAAUUGCCACAGAAGAGCCAACAUGGUCAGAUUGGAAAAACGAGAAUUACCCUGAUUUUAAAACAGGCGGAGACUAUGAAGCCAUUGAAAACAUUACUGAUCCAGAUCUGAGUGUUUGCAGAAAACCUCUGGAAAUAGAAUGUAGAGCAUCACAAUACAAGGAUACAUCUUUGAAAGAUCUAGGUCAAAAAGUAUCAUGCAACCCAGAAGUUGGACUUACUUGUCACAACAAAGACCAAGAUGCACCUCCUUUGUGCUACGACUAUGAAAUACGGGUGAAAUGUUGCGUUUACGUGUGUAAAUCUACAACCACUAUUGCACCUACGACUCCAGCAGCAACAACAACAGAAGAACCCACCAUAACAACAACGAUCACAGAAAAAACCACCACCAAAGCAGCUACAACCAAAGAAAAACCCACCACAAUUGCCACAGAAGACACCAAAGCUGCUACAACCACAGAAAAACCCAUUAAAACAACUGCAGUCACAGAAAAACCCAGCACUGAAGCUGCUACAACCACAGAAAAACCAAUUAAAACAACUGCAGUCACAGAAAAAACCAGCACCAAAGCUGCUUCAACCACAGAAAAACCCACCACAAUUGCCACAGAAGAGCCAACAGUCACAGAAAAGCCCACCACAACAACCACUGUCACAGAAAAACCCACCACAGCAUCCACAGAAAAACCCAGCACCAAAGCUGCUACAACCACAGAAAAGACCAUUAAAACAACUGCAUUCACAGAAAAACCCCCCACAACAACCACUGUCACAGAAAAACCCACCACUACAGCCACUGUUGACUGCUAUGUUUGUAAGUGGUCAGAUUGGAAAAACGAGAAUUACCCUGAUUUUAAAACAGGCGGAGACUAUGAAGCCAUUGAAAACAUUACUGAUCCAGAUCUGAGUGUUUGCAGAAAACCUCUGGAAAUAGAAUGUAGAGCAUCACAAUACAAGGAUACAUCUUUGAAAGAUCUAGGUCAAAAAGUAUCAUGCAACCCAGAAGUUGGACUUACUUGUCACAACAAAGACCAAGAUGCACCUCCUUUGUGCUACGACUAUGAAAUACGGGUGAAAUGUUGCGUUUACGUGUGUAAAUCUACAACCACUAUUGCACCUACGACUCCAGCAGCAACAACAACAGAAGAACCCACCAUAACAACAACGAUCACAGAAAAAACCACCACCAAAGCAGCUACAACCACAGAAAAACCCACCACAAUUGCCACAGAAGAGCCAACAUGGUCAGAUUGGAAAAACGAGAAUUACCCUGAUUUUAAAACAGGCGGAGACUAUGAAGCCAUUGAAAACAUUACUGAUCCAGAUCUGAGUGUUUGCAGAAAACCUCUGGAAAUAGAAUGUAGAGCAUCACAAUACAAGGAUACAUCUUUGAAAGAUCUAGGUCAAAAAGUAUCAUGCAACCCAGAAGUUGGACUUACUUGUCACAACAAAGACCAAGAUGCACCUCCUUUGUGCUACGACUAUGAAAUACGGGUGAAAUGUUGCGUUUACGUGUGUAAAUCUACAACCACUAUUGCACCUACGACUCCAGCAGCAACAACAACAGAAGAACCCACCAUAACAACAACGAUCACAGAAAAAACCACCACCAAAGCAGCUACAACCACAGAAAAACCCACCACAAUUGCCACAGAAGACACCAAAGCUGCUACAACCACAGAAAAACCCAUUAAAACAACUGCAGUCACAGAAAAACCCAGCACUGAAGCUGCUACAACCACAGAAAAACCAAUUAAAACAACUGCAGUCACAGAAAAAACCAGCACCAAAGCUGCUUCAACCACAGAAAAACCCACCACAAUUGCCACAGAAGAGCCAACAGUCACAGAAAAGCCCACCACAACAACCACUGUCACAGAAAAACCCACCACAGCAUCCACAGAAAAACCCAGCACCAAAGCUGCUACAACCACAGAAAAGACCAUUAAAACAACUGCAUUCACAGAAAAACCCCCCACAACAACCACUGUCACAGAAAAACCCACCACUACAGCCACUGUUGACUGCUAUGUUUGUAAGUGGUCAGAUUGGAAAAACGAGAAUUACCCUGAUUUUAAAACAGGCGGAGACUAUGAAGCCAUUGAAAACAUUACUGAUCCAGAUCUGAGUGUUUGCAGAAAACCUCUGGAAAUAGAAUGUAGAGCAUCACAAUACAAGGAUACAUCUUUGAAAGAUCUAGGUCAAAAAGUAUCAUGCAACCCAGAAGUUGGACUUACUUGUCACAACAAAGACCAAGAUGCACCUCCUUUGUGCUACGACUAUGAAAUACGAGUGAAAUGUUGCGUUUACGUGUUCACAGAAAAACCCAGCACUGAAGCUGCUACAACCACAGAAAAACCAAUUAAAACAACUGCAGUCACAGAAAAAACCAGCACCAAAGCUGCUUCAACCACAGAAAAACCCACCACAAUUGCCACAGAAGAGCCAACAGUCACAGAAAAGCCCACCACAACAACCACUGUCACAGAAAAACCCACCACAGCAUCCACAGAAAAACCCAGCACCAAAGCUGCUACAACCACAGAAAAGACCAUUAAAACAACUGCAUUCACAGAAAACCCCCCCACAACAACCACUGUCACAGAAAAACCUACCACUACAGCCACUGUUGACUGCUAUGUUUGUAAGUGGUCAGAUUGGAAAAACGAGAAUUACCCUGAUUUUAAAACAGGCGGAGACUAUGAAGCCAUUGAAAACAUUACUGAUCCAGAUCUGAGUGUUUGCAGAAAACCUCUGGAAAUAGAAUGUAGAGCAUCACAAUACAAGGAUACAUCUUUGAAAGAUCUAGGUCAAAAAGUAUCAUGCAACCCAGAAGUUGGACUUACUUGUCACAACAAAGACCAAGAUGCACCUCCUUUGUGCUACGACUAUGAAAUACGGGUGAAAUGUUGCGUUUACGUGUGUAAAUCUACAACCACUAUUGCACCUACGACUCCAGCAAAAAACCCACCACAGCACCCACAGGAAAACCCACCACAACAACCACUGUCACAGAAAAACCCACCACAGCACCCACAGAAAAGCCAACAGUCACAGAGAAAUCAACAACCCCUGAAGUUGUUACGAAUAUCCACCAAAGCUGCUACAACCACAGAAAAACCCAUUAAAACAACUGCAGUCACAGAAAAACCCAGCACUGAAGCUGCUACAACCACAGAAAAAACAAUUAAAACAACUGCACCCACCACAACAACCACUGUCACAGAAAAACCCACCACAGCAUCCACAGAAAAACCCAGCACCAAAGCUGCUACAACCACAGAAAAGACCAUUAAAACAACUGCAUUCACAGAAAAACCCCCCACAACAACCACUGUCACAGAAAAACCCACCACUACAGCCACUGUUGACUGCUAUGUUUGUAAGUGGUCAGAUUGGAAAAACGAGAAUUACCCUGAUUUUAAAACAGGCGGAGACUAUGAAGCCAUUGUAAACAUUACUGAUCCAGAUCUGAAAAAACCCACCACAGCACCCACAGGAAAACCCACCACAACAACCACUGUCACAGAAAAACCCACCACAAUUGCCACAGAAGACACCAAAGCUGCUACAACCACAGAAAAACCCAUUAAAACAACUGCAGUCACAGAAAAACCCAGCACUGAAGCUGCUACAACCACAGAAAAACCAAUUAAAACAACUGCAGUCACAGAAAAAACCAGCACCAAAGCUGCUUCAACCACAGAAAAACCCACCACAAUUGCCACAGAAGAGCCAACAGUCACAGAAAAGCCCACCACAACAACCACUGUCACAGAAAAACCCACCACAGCAUCCACAGAAAAACCCAGCACCAAAGCUGCUACAACCACAGAAAAGACCAUUAAAACAACUGCAUUCACAGAAAAACCCCCCACAACAACCACUGUCACAGAAAAACCCACCACUACAGCCACUGUUGACUGCUAUGUUUUCACAGAAAAACCCAGCACUGAAGCUGCUACAACCACAGAAAAACCCAUUAAAACAACUGCAGUCACAGAAAAAACCAGCACCAAAGCUGCUUCAACCACAGAAAAACCCACCACAAUUGCCACAGAAGAGCCAACAGUCACAGAAAAGCCCACCACAACAACCACUGUCACAGAAAAACCCACCACAGCACCCACAGAAAAACCCACCACAGCAUCCACAGAAAAACCCAGCACCAAAGCUGCUACAACCACAGAAAAACCCAUUAAAACAACUGCAGUCACAGAAAAACCUACCACUAAAGCUGCAACAACUACAGAAAAACCCACCACAAUUGCCACAGAAGAGCCGACAGUCACAGAAAAACCUACUACAACUGCCAAAGUCACGAAAAAACCAACCACAACAGCCACAGAAAAACCCAGUUCCCCAGCAACAACAGGCAGAACAACUUUGUGUUUCUGCAAGUACAUGGAUCAGAUUUUCUCUCCUGGUAGCCUCAUGUACAAUAAGACUGAUGGAGAUGGCUGGUGUUUCACUGCAUAUUGCAAUUUGACAUGCAAUGUUGAGAAGAUCGCUAGACAGUGUCACUCUACUACUCCAUCGACUCCUACCGGCAACACAAUAAGCUCUAGCCCUGGACCUACUAAAAAUAUUUUCUCAACACCUCCCAGGCCUCCCACUGACUGUUCAUAUCUCAAACCACCUAGAAAGGAUGGUGAAUCCUGGAAGCCAAACAACUGCACCACAUCAACAUGUGUGGAUGGAAAAGUAAUAACAGAACAUGUGAAAUGUAAAUCACUGACCAAACCUGUAUGUGACAAUGGGCACCCACCUACCAGGGUUUAUGACGAGGGAGGUUGUUGUUUCCACUAUGAAUGCAAAUGUAUUUGCACUGGCUGGGGAGAUCCUCAUUAUGUGACAUUUGAUGGCCAGUAUUACAGCUUCCAGAAAAACUGCACAUAUGUCCUUGUCAAAGAGAUCGUUCCUCGACACAAUUUUUCAAUUCUCAUCAACAACGAAAACUGUGUUCCCUCUCAAGUUGUGACCUGUACGGAAUCUUUGAUUGUGUACUACAAAGACUAUGAAAUUAUUCUUCGACAGGAGAGAAUCCCAAAGACUGAGAACUUGGUGUCCGUCAAUGGCAAGCAGGUAAUCCCAACCUACUCUAACGAUGACUUCGUCAUAACAAGUACAGCAAUUGAGCUGCUUUUGAGAAUCCCGGAAAUUGAAGCAGUCGUGAUGUUUAAAGGACUUUUCUUCAGCAUUGACUUGCCGUUCUCCCUUUUCCACAACAACACAGAGGGACAGUGUGGGGUUUGUGACAAUGACAAGAAAAAUGACUGCAGAUUACCAAAUGGCAAGAUUAAUCCCGCAUGCUCUCAGAUGGGAAAAUGGCGUAUACCAGAUAAGAAUAAGCCAUAUUGUGAAAAUCCGCCUCCAUCACCAUCACCAUCACCAACACCUUCAAAACCACCCUGCAGUGCUGACUUUUGUGAAAUAUUGAUGAGCAAUGUGUUUGAGGAAUGCCACAAAGUGAUCUCACCAAAACCAUUUUAUGAGGCCUGUAAAUUUGAUGUUUGCAAAAUGGCAAAUACCACUUACGGCUGUUCCAGUAUGGAGGCGUACGCCUUAAUGUGCGCUGAUGCAUCCGUGUGCACACCAUGGAGGAAUGCUACAAACGGAAAGUGUGAAUAUACAUGUCCCCAAAAUAAGGUCUACAAGGCUUGUGGGUCGACUGUGGUAUCAACUUGCAAUGCAAGAUACAAUGAGAGAUUUGCAAAACGAUGCCAGAGACCAAAUGCCGACCAGGACCAAGCUUGUGAUGGCAUCAUGGAGGGAUGUUUCUGUCCAGAAGGGACGACUCAGUUCAGUCCAAAGUCCAACCUCUGUGUUUCCUCCUGUUGCACUGGACCUGAUGGCAAAUCUGUGAAGAUCGGGGAUAUCUGGAAGAGUGGCUGUCAGCAGUGUACUUGUGAUAAUAGCUCUCUGAGUGUUCUGUGUGAGCCUCUCGUAUGUACCACUCCACAACCAAUCGCUUGCACUAAGGAUGGCGAGGUGUUGGUGAACCGCACUGUGGAUUGUUGCAUGAGACAGUACUGUGAAUGUGAUAGAAGCCGCUGUCCACUGCCACAUGACAAGUGCAAAGUGGGAUAUGAGCUGGAGCGCCACAUGCCAAAUGACACUUGCUGCCCGACUUACCGAUGUGUACCCAAAAACGUCUGCGUCUUCAAUGAUACUGAGUACAUGCCCGGUACAGAUUUCUUCAAAAGUCCAUGUGAAGGAUGCACCUGUACUAAAAAUAAGGAUCCCAGCAGCAUGUUGAACAGCUAUCAUUGUUAUGUAAUUGACUGUGCACCCUGUCUGGAGGGCACUGUGCAUGAAGCCAUACCUGGACAAUGUUGUGGAAGGUGUAAGAAUGUAAGCUGUGCUGUGACAUACCCAGGCUUGCCUUCACCAAUAAUCAUCAGACCGUCUGAGUUUUGGUCACCACCAGAGGACAAGUGUGUCAUUUACGGCUGCAAGAAGAUCAACAAUGAUUUCAUCACCAUUGAAACAAAAAUAACAUGUCCGGCAUUUGAUCCAGACAACUGUGUCCCUGGAACUGAACAAACGGAUAAGAACGGCUGUUGCAAAUCUUGCACUCCUCGUACAGACUGUGAAAUGAUCAGGAACACCACCUUCCUGAAGACGGAGAACUGCACGUCAGUGGUGCAAGUGGAACUCACAGCCUGUGCAGGAUCCUGUGGUGCCUCUUCAUCAAUGUACUCUGCGGAGAACAACCGUUUGAUGCAUUCAUGCUCAUGUUGUCGAGAAAUGGCCACCAGUGAAAAGAAGGUCGAGAUGCUCUGCGAGGAUGGCAGCAAGAAAUUCCACUCCUACAUUUCAGUUGAUAAGUGUGGUUGCGAAGUUGCUGAAUGUGUAGACCAUCAAAAGGACAAGAAGAAAAGAUAAUCGAAAACCUUUGUCAGACAACUUUGAAAAUUAAGCUUGAUUAAGGAAAAUCUCAUUCAAAUGCGAUUAUAAGCUAUAAUAACCCCUCUCCAAAAACUAUUAGAGAGUCAAGACUCAAUAUGUGAAGAAAUAUUGUUAUUGUUGUCAUUAUUGUCAGGGAGGCCAGUCCACUUAGUGCCCUGUGACGACAGCACAUGUUUUGUCCUGGUGUCUUUUUUAGUUUUUUAAGAGCUUGAUUCAAACUUUUUUGGUUUUAGAGGGUUUUUUUCUUACUUUUACUGUACAUUUCUUAGGAGAUACAAGACACAAGAAUGGUUUUCAGAUAUUACACUAACAAUAUAUUUAAAUGAUUGUUGACCAUUGUUUAAACAGCACCAUCAACAUGAACGAUCUCACAACCCACUGACCAUAUAAAUAAAAGAGCUGAAAGAAUAUAUCCAUCAUCAAACAUCUGAUGUGUCUUCCAUGCAAUUUUUUUAUGUGGAUUUGUGUUUGCAUGAUGUAUCAUUGGUAACAAGGAUUCUUUUUCUUUCAAA